ACCUUUGAACAUCAUCAAGCAGAACAACGGCGAGCAAAUCAUCCGACGCCGAACCCGAAAGCGCCUCAACCCCGACUCGCUGUCGGUGGAAAACCCCGCCCCCAAGCAGCAGCGAAUCGCCAGCGAGGAGCGCGUGAACGGGGAGGAGUCGGACAGAAGCUGCUCGUCGGUGAAGAACCAACAGCCGUCGCCCCGCUCGCGCUCCCCCCGAUCCACCCAGGCCUUCCUGGCCAAUCAAACCCUGGAGAUCCACAGGCGCAUGCCGCCCCUCCUCCUCCCGACUCACCCCUCCCCGGUCAUGGUUGCGGAGAGCAACGGGGCCGUCCCCGACGGAGGGGUGGCGUCGAAAGGGGAGGCGGGAAAGGGGGGAGCGGGGUCUGAAAGAGGCAGCCCGAUCGAGAAGUACAUGCGUCCAUCUAAACCAUCCAGCUACUCCCCUCCAGGGUCGCCCAUUGAGAAAUAUCAAUAUCCACUUUUCUCCUUACCCCURCCUUUGACUAUCUCCCCUGAUCUGACGCCCGAGUCUGACUGGCUUCGAUUCUGGACCAAAUAUAAGAUGGCAGCCACCUCCGGGGUCCCUGGGAGCCUCAGUAAUCUCAGCAGCCCGGGUGGCCUUAAUAACGCCCACCAUCUGAGCACGAUGGUGACUCCCGUUCAGUAUCAUCAGCAAAGCUACACGGUGCCUUACUGUGCUUCUCCCUACUCUCCUCUCCCACCUCCUCCGGCCCCCGCCCACUACGCCCCUCCUCAUCAGGCCCAGAACUCCUCCUCCACGGCGUCGUCGGAAAGCGACGCUCCUCUGGAUCUCGCGAUACGACAAAGGGACACCAACGUGUCGACAAACGGCGCCGAGAGGAGGCCGACGGGGGGACGGAGAGGAGAGAGGGAGGAGGAGGAGGUGACAAACGAAGGAGGGAGCCUGAGCGAGAGCGAGCGAGGAGCGAYAGACGACGGGACGAAGCGUCAGUCGAGCUCUGCGUCAAAUUGCGCGAAGGUGGACGCGGCCACGCAGAACGACCCGACCAGUCGCUGCGUCCACUGCGGGAUCUACUUCCUGGACGACGUCAUGCACGCCCUGCACAUGAGCUGCCACGGCGACCGGGCGCCGUACCAGUGCGGCUUCUGCCUCCACACGUGCGCGGACCGAUACGACUUCACCACGCACAUACAGAGGGGCUUGCACCGGCGCACGCACGAAACGUCCGAGUGUCGGAGCGCGACAGGCGGCGAGCAGAAAGACGGCGCGGUCACGGGUGACGGCGGUGACGUCAGAGCAACGCGUCCGGACGACCGAGAAGAGGAAAAUCCAGGCAACGAAGCCGACGACAUAAAAACAGGUGCCGAAAAGGAAGGAAGGGGAGGAGACAAGGAAUUAAGAGGCAAAACUCUUUCAGAUAUCAGCGAGGAAAUCUCAAAAACUACAGAAGUUUUGACUGUCGUGGAGUCUGAGUUAGAUGGGCUCACUGAUGAAAAUUAAAUGUCUACUCAUACAAUUUAUUAAAAACAUGUUCUCUAUGUCUUAAUGUUCCUGGCCCUUGUUUCGAUAGGUUUACCCGGGGCACUAAAUGGAACUCAUCCUUAUGCUGGAAGCUGUCAAAUGGUCAAAAUAAGAGAGAGAAAAAACAAUUCUUUACAGCUGAACUCACAGCAGAGGCAGGCUGCAGAAACAGCCUCUCUUGAGUAACGGCCACUCAGCAGCUCGGUGGCCAGAAGUCAACGGGGUGCUGGCAUCCAGCUGAAAUCACCUUUCAUAAACCUCCACUUUAUGUGCUUUCAAUAGAAGAGGACUGGACUGAAGGUUGGUGGGGCCUCGCACAGCCACCGCACAGCAGAGCAAAGAUUCUUCAUGCUAACAGGCCCGUUCCCAGUCUGAUGUAUCAUCCAGGCUGGUUUUAUUUCGGCAAAACCAGAUCUGAUCUGGUUCGAACUGCCGUUUUGUUUGUUUAUUUUUAUUUUAUUUUUUAGCACCUGUCCUCUUUAACUGUGCAAAUGGAUCAAAAACCAAAAACACUUAUGACUGUUACACAACUGGUUUAUUUGAAACCGCCAAGGGCUGGGUUGCAGUUCAGUCGGUACAAAGUGGAUCAGGUCGUCUCACUCACGUCGUGCUGUUUCUCAAACUAACCYAGUUUCUGGAUCAAUGCAAAAAUCACCGUCUCUGCGAGGUGACUGACUAUUAGCCGAGCUCGGUUUGACUCGGACUUUCUGAAACUGCUUAAAGCCAGUUUAAACGGAUCCGAUCGAUCUGACUCCAGACUGAAGUGUUCUCUACAUCCGUUUGGAUUAAAACUAUUAUUUUCUACCUUCCUCUGUGCCAUGAAACUAGCUAUGUGCCUGGCUGCUUGCCUCUUAGAACAACCAUUUAUUAACCUGCUUGACAUUUAUAAUAAGAAUAAUUAUAAUGGUAAUAAUGAGAACAAUGAUGGUGUAUUCGUACAAAAAAAAAAGGCAAUUUGCUACACUUUCCUAUUAUUUUGUAAAGGUAAAUAAUGCUUUUUAAAGGAAACGGUACUAUAAAAAUUAGUCUACGUGAGUUCUUUUUUGUUGUUUUUGUGUUCCUGAUGGGACUUGUUGCUUUGAUAGAAGUCGGCUAACAGAAGUGGUACAACAAAUGGGAGAGGGRGGCGUGUGCUUUUGUGUUAUAGCAUUUUAAAGUGUGUGCGUGAGGCUUAAAGGGUGCGUCCGUCCCCACAUGAUGAUGUAAACGUGAUGAAUGCUCGGUUUCUCAGUCCUCAGGGGUCGCACGUGUUGCACACCAACCCGCCUGUUUCACAGCAUGAGACACAUCAUGUUUUUACCUGUCUAAUGGUCUGGGAAAUGACUUUUUUUAUUUUUAGCAUGUUAUGUUUUUGUUCUCUUUUCUAGGUUCUUUUUGUGUUUCGUGUUCAAUAGGUCAACGACGUAAUGUUUCGCUUUCUUUAUGUCUGUUUAGGUUACGACGUUUUAUAGAGACUUAAGAACUUAGGGAGUGAAACUCGACGUUUUUUCUAAAGGAUCAAAUGCUCGAGUUUUAACUAAAACAGACUUUCUCUCUGUAUGCAGUUUACAGAAAUUAUUUUAUCUCGUGUUGCCGGGAGUCAGUUAGGUUACCUCUAUGUAGCAGUAUAGCAACUUUUACAAAAUCUGGAAAAUAUGUUGCCUUUAAUAKAGAUGGGAACUGUUACAGUAAUACUUAAACUAUAAGAAAUUGAUCAAAUAUUCAAUGAAGUUAUUUUGCUUUCAAAUCCAUCACAAACCAUCCCCUUCUUAGAAAAAAACUCACCUGUAGGCCACUGGAACUAAGUUGUAGUUCCCGAAUGUUAUGUUGUUGUUGUUUUUCUGGAGUUUUAUUAGCUGUAAAGUCCACAGUGAGUUGAAAGUUUCUCUGAUUAGGACUGGUCAUGUUGGCCGUUACGUCUCCAGCCUCGCUGCCUUAGUUACUGGGAAAUUCUGCAAAAGAAAAGACGCUUUCUUCAGCAGGAUUGCGUAAAAGUAGACGGAGAACAAAAGACGCAAGUGAGCGAGCUAACAGGAUAAAUAGUUAUUUUUCUACGCUUAUCCAAGUGCAUAAUAUUCCCCUUAGUGCCUGAUAACCUGUGCUUUUUUUGUGCAGACGGACAUUUCAUCAUCUCUAAUAGUCGUUACUGAAGCUUCUGGCAGAUUUUUGCGCCGACUUCUUAGGUUCUCAUGCAAUAAGUGUCUGAAUUCUCAAUGUUUCAGAAAAUGUCCGUUCAAACAAAUCCAUACUCAUGUCUGGUUCUAACUUCAGUCGUCUCUUGAAUAGAUUUGAGUUUCUUGGAUGAAUGUACACUACUUUAAAUGGCCUAAUCAGCUGACACAUUGCAAAUGUUUUCAUUCAAAGUGGAUUUGAUGAGAACAGUUUUGAUAUUUCAUUGCCCAGGUAGAGAUAAUAUUGGCAUAGGUUUAUUUGGAGUUGUCCUGAUGCAUCUCAGUAAUCCAGGUAAAAAA